UGACGAGCCCGCGGUGGAUAAGCAAGCUUGUGUGAGGGAGUCGAUCGGAUGCCUGAUGUGGACGAAGCUGACGAGGCCAGACAUCGCCCUGCCUCUGAACAAGCUCCAGAAGAUCGCCCACUCACCCACCGGGAGGAUAUGGAACGCGCUUGUGCGGAUCAUGUCCUACCUAAGUUCACGAAGGACUUCGGCAUCACCUACGUACGGCAGUCAGGACUAGACCUAAGCGUGUUUGUCGAUGCCAGCUAUGCUGACAACGAAGUAGACAGGCGUUCUACGACCGGGCUAGCUAGCGUGAAGGAGGCGUUGUUUGUGCGUGGCGUUCUGUCGUUCAUAGCGCCCGAGACGAUUGGGGCGAAGAUCAAGGUCCUUGAGGACAACAAGGGGGCUCUCGCCUUAGUCGAGAAUCCGUUCAGCUCAGCGAGGAGCAAGCACAUCGACGUGCGGUUCCAUUUCAUUCGCGAGCUUUUGAAGUCGGGCAAGGUCACUGCAGAAUAUGUUCCGGCUGGAGAGAAGGACGCCGACAUGCUGACCAAGGUCCUUGGCAGAGAGAAGUUAGAGUACUACCGGAAGGAUCCGGUUGGCCGGAAUUCGACUCGAGCCUGUUGUUGUUUUGAGUCCCUUUGGUAG